AUGAAAAAAUUCUUCUCCAUGACUCAGAAAGUGAUUCUUGUUCUUUUCACUCCUCUUGUUGACAGUCCACCGACACCAAAAAACAUGCUCGCCUCCACCAUAAGGAAUACCGCGCUCAAGAGAUCUGCCACCAGGUCUCUUGCUGCUGCGAAUCGCGCAUCCUUCAUAUAUUCGCGCCGUUUUGAGGCCACCUCUGCCACUGCAACAAGACCACAACCUUCACCCGCUUUCAACCAGGCUUCCGAGAAUGAAAAGGAGCCACAGCCGCUGAAUUCCAGGGGAAAACCCUCUCCGAUGGAUGAUUCGUUUAUUGGUUUGAGUGGAGGCCAAGUUUUCCAUGAAAUGAUGCUCAGACAUAACGUUGACACCGUUUUCGGAUAUGCAGGGGGAGCUAUUUUGCCUGUUUUUGAUGCGAUUUACCACUCGCCUUAUUUCAAAUUCGUUUUGCCACGUCACGAGCAGGGUGCUGGCCACAUGGCCGAGGGAUACGCCCGUGCCAGCGGCAAGCCCGGUGUUGUUCUCGUUACCUCCGGUCCCGGUGCUACCAAUGUGAUUACCCCAAUGGCUGACGCCCUUGCUGAUGGUGUUCCAAUGGUUGUUUUCUCUGGUCAGGUUGCCACCUCCUCCAUUGGAACUGACGCUUUUCAGGAAGCUGAUAUCGUCGGAAUCUCUAGAUCGUGCACCAAGUGGAACGUGAUGGUGAAAUCUGUCGCAGAGCUUCCAAGAAGAAUCAACGAAGCUUUCGAGAUCGCCGUUUCCGGUCGUCCUGGUCCAGUUCUCGUUGAUCUGCCAAAGGAUGUGACUUCAGCCAUUCUCAGAGAAGCUAUUCCAAUCACAGCUACACUACCAUCCAACACUCUGUCACAGAUCACGAAGACUGCUGUCACCGAGUACACGUGGGAGGCCAUCGAGAGAUCCGCCAAGAUCCUGAACAAAGCCAAAAAGCCAAUCUUGUACGUUGGAGCGGGAAUUUUGAAUUCCGAAGAUGGCCCAAAGAGAUUGAAGGAGCUGUCUGAGAGGGCUCAGAUUCCAGUCACCACUUCUCUACAAGCUUUAGGAGCCUUCGACCAGAGAGACGAGAAGUCUGUCGACAUGCUGGGAAUGCACGGAUCUGGUGUUGCCAACUUGGCCAUGCAGAAUGCCGAUUUGAUCAUUGCACUUGGAGCCAGAUUCGACGACCGUGUCACCGGACUUAUUUCCAAAUUCGCUCCAGCUGCCAAGGUUGCCGCGACGGAAGGAAGAGGUGGUAUCAUCCACUUUGAGAUCUCGCCAAAGAACAUUAACAAGGUUGUAGAGGCCACUGAGGCCAUUGAGGGAGACGUGACGCAAAACUUGGAGGCUUUUAUUCCCUUGAUCGAACCAGUGCAAGAGAGAACCGAAUGGUUUAACACCAUCAGAGAAUGGAAGGAGAAGUACCCAUACUCUUACCAGGAGGAGACACCUGGAUCUUUGGUGAAGCCUCAAACUUUGAUCAAGGAGAUCUCUAAACAGGCGAAUGCCACUGGGAGAGAAGUUAUUGUGACUACUGGUGUUGGCCAGCAUCAGAUGUGGGCCGCUCAGCAUUUCACGUGGACGAAGCCCAGAACCUUCAUCACCUCAGGUGGAUUGGGAACCAUGGGAUACGGACUACCAUCUGCCAUCGGUGCUCAAAUUGCCAAGCCAGACGCCAUGGUGAUUGACAUUGACGGUGAUGCCUCUUUCAACAUGACCUUGACCGAACUGUCUUCGGCUGUUCAGGCCAAUGCUCCAGUCAAGAUCGUUGUCUUGAACAACGAGGAACAAGGUAUGGUGACUCAGUGGCAGUCUCUCUUCUACGAACAUCGUUACUCUCACACGCACCAGACCAACCCUGAUUUCAUGAAGUUGGCUGACUCCAUGGGCCUCAAGGGAAUCAGAGUCACCAAGCAAGAAGAGAUGAGUGCUGGUAUUGCCGAGAUGAUUGCAUACAAUGAUGGACCCGUUUUAUUGGAAGUUGUUGUCGAGAGAAAGGUGCCUGUUUUGCCUAUGGUGCCAGGAGGAAAAGCCUUGGACGAGUUCAUCGUCUUUGACCCUGAGGUUGAAAAGAAGCAAGGAGAGUUGAGACACAAACGUACCAACGGUUUGCAUUAG